AUGAUAGCAUUUCUCCUCAUAUUUUUUCUACCCUUCAGGACAGGCUUGAUCACAUCUGAUGCUGUAUUUCAAAAGAAAGUGCUGGAAAGCUUUACUGCUGGUCAAACUGUGACUUUAGAUUGUUUAAUUUCUGUAAAUCUUGAAAACUAUUUCUCUUGGUUUAAGCAAACCCUUGGAGAAGCUCCAACGUGCAUUGUCAGUCUUUACGCUGAAUCUUCAACACCAGUGUUUUAUGGAGAAUUCAAGAAUAACCACAGAAUGUCAGUUCAAAAGGAAAAAAAUACUUUUGUUUUAAUUAUAAAAGAAGCAAAGCCAUCGGAUGCUGGAAUCUAUUACUGCGGUGCUCGUGACUACGAUCUUAUUACUUUUAGUAAUGGACUCUUUUUAAACUAUAAAGUUGCAAGUACAAAACAACAUCACAUUAAGCAGUUUUUGUCUGGACCGAACUUGGGUACUGAACAUGAGCCUGAGUUUAAUCCAGGAGACUCUGUGAAUCUGCAUUGUUCAGUUCUCACUGAGAGAUGUGAAGAAAAUCAUAGAAUCUACUGGUUUAGACACGAAUCUGGAGAUGCACAUCCAGGACUCAUUUACAAGGAUGGAAACACGACUGAUCAAUGUGAGAAGAGAUCUGAGAAAGACGUGCAGUCCUGUAUCUACAAUCUGCCCAAAAAGAACCUCAAUUUAACUGAUGCUGGGGUUUACUACUGCGCUGUGGCCACGUGUGGAGAGAUACUGUUUGGCAAUGGAAGCAGGAUUAAUAUUAGAGCAAGUUCUAAAUUCUCCUGGACUGAUGUAAAGGUUCCUGUUUUGGCAUCAACAAAUAUAUUGUGCUUGGUGAUCAUCGUUAUUCUUCUAUGUAAGAGAGCACAAAAACAAAAACAGAAGUUUUCAGGGCCACAAAGUGAAACACGCAGAAACGUGAAGUGCAAAGUGAAAACAGCAUCGCAACUCACGGUUGACUAA